AAUCAGGCACUACGUUAAACAGCUAUGGCAAAUUAUGAGAGGGCAGUAGAGGAAGAGCAGAGGGGGGGAAGAGGCAUUGGUAGGGAGAGAGGACAGCUGACAGUUUACUGAUAAUGUUUAGGUUAAUGUUUAGCCUGAGGACAGGCAGCUCAAGGCCCUGCAGCCUUCUACACCUGCCGAGCAGCUUGAGGGUGCCUCCGCUCUGUAGCAACAACUCGUCUAAAAUGUCAUCAGACUCACACUGGCUCUCCCCUGAAGACCGGGAGCAGCUAUUGGUCGAGCUCAGGGCCACAGGCUGGAUGGAGGUGGAGGACCGUGAUGCCAUCUUCAAAGAGCUUCACUUUAAAACCUUUAAUCAGAUGACCAUCUGCUAUACAUUUCGCUGGAUGAAGUGGAAACUUUCAUGCGACACAAGUGAAAUGGGUAGCUUUCGGAUGCAGCUCGUAUAAGAGAGGGCAUUUGGCUUCAUGUCACGGGUGGCUCUGCAGGCAGAGAAGAUGAACCAUCACCCAGAAUGGUUCAAUGUUUAUAAUAAGGUCCAAAUUACACUGACUACACAUGACUGUGGAGGGCUGUCAAAACGGGACAUCAAAAUGGCCAAAUUUAUUGACAAAAUUUCACUUUCCAUGUAGUUUUUUUGUGUUUAAAUUGCAAUCUGUCACAGCCUUUGUAGAUACACUGAUUUUAGUUUCAACUCCACUCUUUAAAAAGACGACUGCAUUACAGAGUUAAAUGUAUUUAGUCUUUCAUAUGUGCAUAUUCUGCUUCUGAUUUUUGUCCCAAAUAAAAUCUGUAAAAAUAAAAUAAACGUUUUACAUUGUUUACAAA